AUGGUUACCAGCAAACAACGGCUGUCUGCUUCGUUGAUGUCACCGCGGCGUUCGGUCCCGUUGAUCGUGAGUCCCUGCGGCGGACAAUGGAUAAGGAUGCUAUGUCGGCGAAAAUGAUCGUUAUGGUCAAGGCAUGCCAUCGCUCCGUGAGUUUUAGUUCACAAUGAGUUCCGGAUUUUCCAUAUUCGGCCUGGCGUUCGGCAAGGUUGCAUCUUGUCUUCCAUUCUGUCUAACCACGGCACGUUCCCGGAAGGGCUUUACGCUGUACCCCGAAGCCGGCUGACAGACCUUGUCUUCGCUAUGGUGGCCUACAGUCUGUGAUGUCACGGGCGAAUGAGGCCGCCAAAUCAUUUUAUUUACCCAAAACGAGGGAAAUGUUUUGAAGCUGGAUCUCUGGCCAGGCGAGGGCACCCCUCAGGACUAAUGACUGUCAGCAUGCAGAAGGGGACGGUUUCGAAUUCCUCGGGGGACGACAUCGUCUUCCGAGUCGGCGUCACUCGCAGGUUUCCCACAAUAUUCAGGUGGUGUUCUUAGACCCGACGCGAUAUCUCCACCCUCACAAAGAUCCACGUUUACCAGGCAUCUCACAGGUCGGUCCUGCGCGGUUGUCUGUGCUGUCUUGUGCACGUUGGAAACGAAUAAAAAAUAGAUUAAAAACUGGUGGUGUUUGCUCACCGUUAUCUGAGAACCAUCGUUCGAGUGAAGUGCACCGGCUUCGUCCACACUCGCUGCGACAACAUCGCGGGAUGUAGUGUCUGAUUUGGUUUGGACACGUUGUUUUUUGUCACCCUCUCCAUGACUUCCACCUGAGGUCGACGACGAGGAGCUUAGUUCAAAAACUGCCACAAAACAAUCAGUCAAAACAUGGAAGUGGUUCUUGGACCUCUAGUAUUGGAUCCCGUUGCUGAGGAGGAUGAGUCAAGCUCUUCAGAUCAUCUACCAAGUGGAAAGACACCAUCUGCGAUUCCCUGUAGACCAGUUGGGUCAGAAAUGAUCGCAGCGGUCACGAGUACAGUAGUUGUGCUAACUCAUGAAAUGUCAACCAAAAUUUCGAAAUGCGUUCUCGUUUCGAAAAGAUAAAUUAAGUGGUGUUGUAAAACUAAGCAUGAUGCAGCAUAAAUCUAUCAUGAUCCAGUUACCUCAGGGUUUCGGCUUUCGAAAGAACUUAUUUUCGGUUGCAUGCAAGAUCUAUACUUUGCAAAAAAUGACUACUUAAGUAGCAUGCAAUUUUUUCAUUGAUUUUCGAUGCCCUUGAAAAUUCAAUUAUAUUUCAUGGAAAACAUGCAUGAAAAUAUUCAUUCUUUUACUUAUUCGGUAGAAAAUCACGUCUUCUUCCACUUUUAUACUCACAAGAAGAGUAUAAUUCGGUUUUAAAAAAGUUUCUAAUUGUGAGACUUUUUAAUACCGUUAAAUGGCCGUUCAUGAAACGUCAUGUAUCUGCAUUUACGAAUGUGGCUUGUAAAGUUAACAAUAUGGCUCAAAUCGACUGCUUAAUUUUAUGAACCUUAUAUGGUCUCUUUUUAACACCGUAGAGAAAUGCAUGCAAUAUUGCUAACUUUACAAGCCACAUUCGUAAAUGCAGAUACAUGACGUUUCAUGAACGGCCAUUUAACGGUAUUAAAAAGUCUCACAAUUAGAAACUUUUUUAAAACCGAAUUAUACUCUUCUUGUGAGUAUAAAAGUGGAAGAAGACGUGAUUUUCUACCGAAUAAGUAAAAGAAUGAAUAUUUUCAUGCAUGUUUUCCAUGAAAUAUAAUUGAAUUUUCAAGGGCAUCGAAAAUCAAUGAAAAAAUUGCAUGCUACUUAAGUAGUCAUUUUUUGCAAAGUAUAGAUCUUGCAUGCAACCGAAAAUAAGUUCUUUCGAAAGCUGAAACCCUGAGGUAACUGGAUCAUGAUAGAUUCAUGCUGCAUCAUGCUUAGUUUUACAACACCACUUAAUUUAUCUUUUCGAAACGAGAACGCAUUUCGAAAUUUUGGUUGACAUUUCAUGAGUUAGCACAACUACUGUACAUUCGCCAUCUCGCAAUGCGGCUACGACCUUUGACCUUUCUACAGGUAGUGCUUUGUCGGGUCGCUCUCUGAUCAUGAGGGCCUGCUAAUUCCGCAGUCAACUUUCGCUAAAAAGUCAUUUCACUAUCAGGGGCGCUCACCGAUCGUUCUUACGGAACUCACUCGUUCCGUAAGAACGACCGAUGAGCGCCCCCUGCCAUUGUAUAUUCCCGAUCGAAAACCGACAAGGCAACGGACUCGUGGCCGGGUGGGUAGAGGCGUGGACUUCUAAACCAACAGGUCGCGAGUUCGAGGCUCGGGUGUUCCACACUUCGGGGUUGGGUAUGGCUGGCUGACGACGGCUAAUAAGCCAGAAAUGGCCAUUCCAGUCUCCCUUGUCUUUGUCGGUAAUGCCAUUCUGCCUACGUCAUUUCACUAUCCACCACCCACUGACGGACAGGCGUUGUCUCCACAAUGUUCAUAUUAUCCCCGGGAUACAUGUAAUAGGUCUAUAUACUGGCCAAUCGCAUGCUUCGCGUGUGAGCGUUGACCCGUUUGGUGUUUUGGUGUUUGCGUUGUCACCAGUGUGAACCUCGCUACUGAGACACGCCUCGGCUCCAUCAGAGUUCUUGGCAGAGUGACAAUCCUUUGCGAGCUAUCAUCACUGCAGUAACAUGCAAGCGGACGUACGGAUGACUGUAAGUGAACUUGUCUGUACGCCAGGGAAAAGCCGAAGACAGGUUUGGGAGAUUGAUAAGAAGGUAAAUCACACCGGAGGAAGUGAAAUAAUAAAAGUUAUAAAUAGCCAAGUCGAUUCAAAAAUCUUACUGACGGAUUGGGUAUUGAUUCGGGUUUGCGGUCUCCGAGGUUAGCUCUCAAAAAUCUGCUCUGUGGUGGGACUGUCUCGUGGCAGAAUCCCGGCAAGACGCAGCCUGACUGUUAGCUCAGCUUCGGGCUUCCUAAUGCGUAAACUGGUUGGGAAUUUUGAGAAGACCCCCAGUGACCUUUUGUCUGCUAAACUGCGCUGCCAUGCACAGAAACACGUGAGUACAUGGGGAAAUGAACUGCGCAAAGGGUAGCCGUAUGGUAAUCACGGAUAGCAGGCAUGUUUCUGUCAGUUUGUUCAAAUUUCUGACAUCUUAAGAAGGCCAACACGGCAUUAAGCUCAGCUGGAUGACUUGGUGAGACAUGUGCUGGGACGUACUGACGAAUAAAGUCUGGGCUUUAGUGGUCUUUCCUCCAGUUUUUUAGCCGACGUAGAGAAUGCGCCGAAACGGACGAAAUACUGCCAUGAAACAAGUUCAGUUUGUGAAGUUAUUUUGCGGGCAAUAGGUACUUGAAAGAGGCGAAUAUUUUGAUUGGAGGAAAUGUGCGAGCUUGACUUUUGAGAACCUCAACCGUUGAGAACGACGAGGUCUAAAAAUGCUCAACAAGAUGGGCCCAGCAGGGGUGACUUUCGACGCGCCUACCUCACUAUCUCUUCCAUGGCAUUCACAAUCUUCCGAUGACAAGGUCAAGGUCAGUGUGGAGCAGUGACUGACAGAGUUAUUUGAUCCCUCUGCACGCUCCACAGACGAUCUGGCCCAGGCCUCAUUCAGUUAGGGUGGGCGGGGUUUUUGGAUACUAAAUAAGCGGAAGUGUCAUUACAGCCAUAGCUGUCGAAUAUGCGUAAGUUCCUUAGACCUGUACUCACUCACACUUGAUACGGCUUCGUCUAUCCUCAAUUUGGCUGUUGUGGGUUGUGGACUGCUGUGUUACACACUGUGGGCACCACCGAUCACGACGGUCAAGCUGUUGAAUGUUUUUUUUAGAUGGGAUUGUUUGUUUCUUCCCUUACUCAACCCUUCCCCCCAUUUUCCAUCGCUUCUUCCUCUUCCAGCUUCCCGCCUUAACGAUCCCUCUGGUAGGUCCGGCUGGGGAGAAGAAGAUAGCUACGGCAGUAUGCACUUCCCUGGCCUGUCUGCAAACUUCCCGCAAGGAUGACUCCUCCCUCGUCAUCGUCUUCACUGGACACAUGGAUGGGAUCGUGGCGGCUUCUAGCUUUACCCAAAAACGCCAGCUCUUCGCUUGGAGGGCACACUCCAAUUGUCAGAUUAUUGGACUAGCUGUUCAUGUGUGGACGUCCGUCUCCACGUCCCCAUGUGUCAUUUCGCAGGGUCGGGAUGGCUAUAUUCGUUUCUGGCGGGUGGACGUCGCUCUGGGCCACGCUAGAUGUACGUCGCCAUUUGCAUUUACAUUUAGUGAAUAAUUCUACUCUAUCUAAUCAGUAGGCAUUAUUUAGUAGUAAUAAUUUUGCAAGACUGUUAUUUUCUUACUUCACCACUAGGUCAAUCACGAUCAGUUCCCACCGGGAAUCCUCCACUUUUUCCCCUAGUGCGUCAUGAAAUGUAAGACCGUCUCAGUUAUAAUCACAGAAUUUAGAAUGAAGUAAGAAAUCGGGAGUUAGCCACUAGACUGAUAGGUUUGGUAGAUGUGAACGGUACACUUUCAUUAUGUUGUAGCUGCGGGUACUCAUUCGAAUAUAUUCACGGAAUUUCGGGCCAGAUUUUGAAAUUUCGUAUCGGCUGAUUACUCCAAGUUUCCUUUUUAAUUUCGAAAUAAAGCAUAAAGGCUGCGUUUGGUAAAUCGAAUGUGGUAAACGGUGACGCACUCUGUGAUUAGUUCAGCCCCUCACGGUUGAUUCAUGUAACUUUGAUGUUUAGCCCGACUUAUAACAUCUGCGAGUUAAUAUCCUCAUUUAUUUUGCGCCUGCUAUGCCAAACUUGCGAAUUUAUCAUGGCGGCUUCCAAUGUAUGUAUAAUAUAGCUAAUAUGUCCGCUUGCGCGGCAAGCCCAUCGUUUACUUCUGGGAUGACUCACCAAACGCGUCUGUGAGAUUCCUUUAUCGUUUGUACUUGGGAGGACUGGCUUGAUGGCCGCAUCUUCCCUCCUGCACAUGAGUAGUGUCCAAUCAAAGCGCUCCUGGCGUCCCUGUGUGCGUUUGGCUCAUGGCUUAUAGUUGGUAGUUGUAGCUGGUCAUCGGCAUGUGGCGUACUAGAAGAUGUAGACGUUUGAUUUGAAAAGCAGUCUCAGUGGACAAAAAGACUGCUAUGAUACGGAUAAGGCACAAUACAUAUGGCCCUUUGGAACCGGCUACUUAUAAAAUUCAACCUAUAGGGAAGACAUGUUGCUUACUGACAAAUCCGUUUGCAUCCGGACCUUACUUACACAAAUUUUCUCGGUUUUUAACAUCGCUACGCGCAUUUCAACCUCGUUUGUGCAAAGAAGAGUAUGAUGAAGGCAUCCUGUUCACGUUUCGCAUCUGAAGAGAAGCCACUGGAAUUCAGCAAUUCAUAUCGCGUGGUCCCGUGAAAAGUAGCAUUGUUUGGAGUAAUUAAUCAAGGGUUACGUUGCAACACGUCCACGAUGCAUCCCAGACAGCCAAUGCGAUGAUGGUGUGGCGGUCAAGGAUGUGAGAUCAACUUAAACCACGCACAAUAAGUUCGUUUCGUCUAAGGUCAGAAGUCAGGGAGUUGUGAGGACUAGUUUAUUCUGUACACAUGGCAGGUUGCCGUAAGUUGGCUGUUUGCUUGCAACAGAGAUAGGCGUCCGUUCACGGAGAGCGUCAGUUGCGGUGUGUCGUUUACGCGGGGGCGAAAGUCUGUGUCAGUAGGUGGGGGUGACUGGCUGAGUGUUGGUCAUGAGAUUGGACGGAUUAGAGGAGGAGUAGGGGGACGCAUAAUCACAGGGGUUCACGGGUGUCAAGCCAGGUCGUCCGACGCGCAUGAAGUGAUAAUAAUUUGUGGGGGAAGCCGGGGGUUACUGCAGCUGGACAGGAGGGGCCCCAGUUCUAGCCGGCGGGGGUGGUCGUGUGUCAGCGGCCUGUCAACGAUUGUCGCGGCCAUCGACCGACAAGAUGGAGCCGGAGAAAAGGGGGACUGGGGCGGCAGCUACAAUGGUUUCAUUCGUCCAGGUACCACCACAGUUAUAUCAUCAAUAUGAUUACAAGCAUAAAGCGUCGAGUCGGGAAUACGUUAGUGGCAACAAGUAGUCAAAUACGACAUUAGUAGGUGUUGUGAUGAAUUUCGACAAUCUAAUUGGCCGUCCACCUUCGAAAACUCGACGACCUGGGGGGGGGGGUGGGGGUGGGGCUCAAACUCGAAACAGAAGGUGCAAGGAUUUAGUCCGGCCAAUUCUCUGACCAUCUUAACGACUAGGAAUCGAGGCUGUUGGCUCUUAUUUGCGGGUGGAAUUGUUCUGACCCUAUGUUCGCAUGCAAUUUUAGGGCUCUCAUCACGACUUGAUGAAAAUCAUCGUUUACUUCGCCCUCACUAAAUUAUGGCCUACUUGCAAAUUAUAAGUAGUGCACAUUUCGGACAUUUAGGUGCCCACGAGCUUCCUUGCUGUGAAUUCACAUUCUGCGCAUUCAGUGCGUGGCGAGUCGAUCCUAGUCCGGAAGCAACGCUCUCCUUCCUGGCCUUCGUCACAACAGAAUCCAGCGAGAGUCCGGACUUGACAAUAGAAGUCAUCCGUUCAGAAGACAAUCUCACCGUGGCCAGCGUUGACUCUGCCCUCAUCUCCAAACUGGGAAUGUGUAUGGCUCUCAGUGGACUCCCGGAGGACCCCGGCCCACUGGGGUCUUCACCUCGUUGUCUCUUUCUGGCCGCCUUUGAAGCCAGCUGUGUCCUCAUCUUCUGCGAGGGCAAACCGCUUCUCAGGGUUUCGCCCGAAUCGACUGCAGAGUGUCGCCCAAUCACAUGCCUGGCCCUCGGUCCCGACCUUGUCGCCCCGGAUGGCGAGACCUUUCGCCUGGUCGCAGUCGGACGGACUGCCAUGGAGGUGGUGGACAGUUCAAGGACCCAGAAGCAUGCAGCUUAUGAUUUGGAUCUACUGCAACUGCGUCGCGCGGGUACGUUUUGACUUGCUUGUCUACAAAGACGUCUGCCAGACAGUCCAAACGUCUUGUAUUGUUGGUUAAAAUAGAUCGAGACGACGUGAGAGGAACGACUUACUUCAUCAGAAUCGGAAGCUUUUAGUCUGCACAAGCUCACUGAAGCAAAGACGCAAAUCAGGGUCACUGUAUGCAAGGUCAGUAGGUAUUCCCAGAAGCAUAAGCACACACUUGCGCAAUCCCGUUGGCUAGAUGGUCUCCAAGUGGCGUAAAGCCGAUGGAAAGUCUUUUGGUUAAGCUAUCAUGGAAGGGUUGUUGACCGAUUAGGCUACGAUGCGGAAUCUUCUCGUCCUGCUUCGCCCCGAAAAUUCAGUCGAAACCCCUGCGGACAGUCGCAUACCGCCUUCCUUCUGCAUAACUGCCGUAACCGGAUCGAUGAGCAACCCUUCCGUGCUAUUUAAUAUUUCCGAUGGCAGCGGACUGAAAAACGAGUUCGUGCCUUACUGGUAGAUUGUUAAACUUAACGCCCGAUGAUCAAUCAAAGAGGCCAACUCCGAACCCCAACGUUUGGUCUAGUUGGUAAAUAUCGGUUAAUAAGCCAGAAAUGACCAUCCCAGUCUCUCUCUCGUCCUUCUGCGGUUUCUGCUAUUAUCGGAAAAUCAAUUAAUGACCGUGAAAUGGCAGUAUGCAUCCAUCUUCUCCCGUUUCAUGUCAUCUCCUUUCACUGUAACGAUCAGAAGUAGACUGUGAUACAAUCAGGCAAUCUUGUGCCGGGGUGUGCAUUUUCUCUCGAUCUUUCAAAUCAUUUCCAUUAUCCCCCCCCCUUGGAUUCCAUGGCAUUCUCAAGGGCAGUUAUCUGAUCCAAGGAUAUGGGCUUAACUCCACAUUACUGUCGUUUAGGUUUAGAGGCUUUGCCCACUUCAAUGUCGCAAGUAUCGCAAUUUUUCCGGUUUGUUUAGACACCAAUGAGUACACACUCAUCCGUCCCUCCAAAUCCUUUCGCUCCCUGCCGCCCAGUUCGCACGGUGUCAGUGCGUUGGCCUGGCGGAACGAUGGCAAACUACUCGCCGUCGCCCUCUGGAACGGUGAUGUUAGGCUUCUGGCCACCUCCCCAACCCGUCUGCGCUUCCUAGGCACCCUUGUAAGUCCCGGUGCCGUUUUGGGCGGUGGUUGUCUUCUGGGUGAAUGGGCCUCCCUAUCCUCCACCGCUGUCACCGCCAUUCCCACCGAGGUUGCUGACGCCCCCUCCGCUGACGCCAACAAAAGUCAACCCAAGGACACUGACCAGUUGACGCUGUCCGUUCGAGCUUGCCUCUUUAUGCCAUCUCCGUUGCACUGGCUCCUCACCUCGUCGCCUGCGGCCGCGGGUGGGGCCGGGGCUUUCAACGCCUGGGAUGUGUAUCGAAACUGA